AGAGAAAAGGGAAACCUGCCUCUUGAAUCGAGGGGGGGGGGUGCUCCCCCUCCCGAUCUGGCAAGGCGCAGGCCGGCGAUCGCUGCACUUGGGCCUCAUUUAGUCUGACUCGGAACCAACAUGGGGACGUGGCGUCCAAGACAACAAGUGCCUGGUCUUUGGCGUGUGAUGGCCAACAGUCUCGCCGACGAUUCGUUGACUCCAGCCUCCCCACGUCCAGACGGCCCACGACGCUCUUCAGCGGCCCGCCGCCUUGGCCCAACGAAGAUCCGGCGCCCGCCGCGGCAAUGAGGCAAUCGCGCAUCACUGCCGUACACGGCCAGAGCUCCGAAACUCUGUUCUGCGGGCGCGGUUAAGGGACAACCUGGAGGGUUCUGCCUGCGCUCUUUCGGCUGGCUUGGUUUUUUUUUUUGGGGG